GGUUAUUAUUGUAUAAGAUAUCGAAUAAACCGCAUUAGAAGCUAGAGACAUUUUAUUAAUUAUGGAAGCGGUACAUGUUUUAAGUUUAUUGUGUCUGCUAGUCAAUGUUAACUUUGCGUUUAUAGUACCCGGACAGAGAACAGACGGGUUUGAGGUGAGGAACGUCCGCAACUAUUAUCUACAGGCGGAGAAAACAGACUGGGACUAUUUACCGUACCAUCAGAAUCUUGUCAACUUCUAUGAUGAUUAUCUUAACGACACCUUGGUCAACGGACCUGACAGGGUAGGGAGUAUAUACAGUAAAUAUGUUUACAAACGUUAUACAGACGACACCUACACGCAAGAGAUUCCGUCACAUCCGUCUUUUGGUUAUGUUGGACCACUUCUACACGGUGAGGUAGGGGAGGUCAUUCGAGUUCACUUCCGGAACACAGUGGAUAGACCGGUGUCUGUACAUCCACAUGGCGUCCGAUAUAACAAAGUUAAUGAAGGUGCUUUAUAUACUGACAAUACCAAUCAAACAGAGCACAUUGAUGAUGGAACAUUGCCCGGAAGUAAUAUAACACUCACGUGGAAAUUGACGUCUGACUUUGCACCACGUGACGAUGAUCCUAACUGUAUACCAUUCGCCUAUCACUCGCACGUGGACCCUGACCGGGAAGUUAACGCAGGACUUCUGGGUCUUGUCAUUGUUUGUAAACAAGGAAUUUUAAAUAGCAAUCACGAGCGAACAGACGUGGACAAAGAGUUUAUGCUGUACUUUGAUUCUAUUAACGAAGGCGAAUCAUGGUUACUUGACGAGAACCUUAGGCGCUGUCAGGAUCCUGCAGAAUGCAAGCGUCUAUUAGAUGCGGCUGAUCCUGAUUUUGAAGAGAGUUUAAAGAAGGAUUCCAUAAAUGGGUUCAUGUAUGGAAAUAUGCCGGGGUUGAGUGCUUGCAACGGGGACAAGAUUGCAUGGUAUAUCUUCUCACUAAGUGCCGAACUCCACCCUGUUAAUAUCAUGGGACAAACGUUUAUCGAAAACCAUCAAAGGAAAAGUGUUGUCAGUAUUUGGUCUGCUACAUUUCGAGCAGCCGAAAUGGUCGCUAGAAACCCAGGAAGUUGGCUCAUUCAGUGCAUGAACUCAGAACAUAACCGAAAUGGAAUGGAAGUAUUUUUUACAGUCAAGUCAUGUUAUAGUAAAACCCCUGUACAGGACCAGCUCAGUGGUAACAUCCGGCACUAUUACCUCGCUGCAGAACUCGAGGAAUGGGACUACGCCCCUUCCGGUAUGAAUCUUUACGACGGCAAAGAUCUCACAGAACCAGGAAGUGAAUCAGAACUCUAUUAUUCUACGAAUGUAAACGGAAAGAAGCUUAUUGGACGGAAAUACAAGAAGGCCAGGUUCCAUGAGUAUACAGAUGUGCAGUACGGGGAAAAAAUGAAUCGCUCAAAGCGCGAGGAGCACCUUGGAAUUCUGGGACCUGUCAUACGAGCGGAAGUAGGUGAUACAAUACAAGUGCUAUUAAUAAACCUCACUCCGAAGCCGGUAUCAAUAUAUUUACAGGGAACUAGCCUAAACAGCACACAAAAUGGACAAUGGAUAAAACAAGCAUUCACUAAUAAAGGCAUUGGUCAUGUGGUUACAUCUGGCAAUAUUGGAUCGUAUGUAUUUACUGUCCCAUGGGCUCUAGCCCCGGGCACAGAUGACCCGGAUUGUCUAACCUUCAUAUAUUACUCAAGUUAUGACAUGGAACGUGACGUCAGUUCCGGACUGAUUGGUCCCCUUCUUAUUUGCAAGCAGGGAUCCUUAGAUUCCUACUCUGGUAGACAGAAAUACGUGGAUCGUGAGAUGUUUUUGUAUAUCUCAAGUAUUGAUGAAAACUUCUCCUGGUAUAUCGAUGAUAAUAUAAACACUUAUAUCAAAGAUACAGUCGACACAUCAGACGAGGACUUUGUUGAAUCAAAUGUAAUGAGAGCUAUAAACGGGAGAGCCUAUGGUAACUUAGAUGGUCUAGAAGUCUGUAAAGAUGAAAAGGUAGUAUGGCAUAUCGUUAGUUUUGGCCAGACGGAAGGAAAUCAUGGCGUUACAUUUAAUGGCAAUAACGUACUUAUAGACGGCGUUUAUCGUGACUCACACGUUAUCAUAUCAGGUGUUGGUUUUAGUGGUAUGAUGAAACCCAGCAAUGUCGGAAACUGGUCUAUACACUGUCACAACGACAACCAUUAUAAUGAAGGUAUGAAGGUGAUGUAUCAUGUGGACGCCUGUGGAAAAUCUACCACAAACUUCUACCAACAGAGCGGGAUAACCAGACGUUACUAUAUCGCGGCAGUAGAACAAAAAUGGAACUACUCGCCCAAAACCAUCCAUCCACUGACCGGAGAAAACUACAGUGAUCCCUCCAAUCCACAAUAUAAUCGAAUCCAAAAAGAUGGCAUAUACGUUGGUAGUGUAUAUACGAAGGCCCUGUACCGUGAAUAUACGGACGCCACCUUUACUCAAGAAAAACCGGUAACUGCGGAACGCUGGCACCUAGGUGUGAUUGGACCUUUCAUUAAAGCCGGCGUCGGUGAUGUUAUUGAAGUCGUUUUUAAAAAUAUGGCGACAAGAAAAUAUUCCAUGCAUGCGCAAGGACUCAGGUACAAUAAAACUUACGAAGGAAUGAAAUACGAAGAUGGAACGCCGGUGAAAAUUGGUGACGGUGUUCCACCGGGAUCAACGUUCACAUAUCGCUGGGAGGUACCGGAAACUUCAGGUCCGGGUGCGAAUGGACCAAACUGUAUAAAUUACAUGUAUCAUUCCGCGGUCGAUCCGGUGAAAGACACGUACUCUGGUCUCGUCGGGCCAAUAGUCGUGUGUCGAAGUGGAGUCUUAGAUGUACACGGGAAAAGAACUGACUCGGUAGAAAAAGAAUUUGCUCUUCUGUUUCAAGCGUUUGAUGAAAAUAGAAGCUGGUAUUUGGCUCAGAAUGUUUUAGAAAAUUGCCCAUCAGCAGAUACCAGUACAGAUGAUUUCGUGGAAAGCAAUAAGUAUGAUUCUAUAAAUGGACUGAUAUAUAACAAUGUUGAAGGUUUAGUUGCAAAUAGAGGUGACAAUAUAGCAUGGUAUAUACUAGGACUGGGAGUAAAUGAGGAUAUUCACACCGUACAUUUUCACGGACAGACGUACACAUACCGUACCGGACAGACGCACGAAGGAGAUGUUAUUGAGGUGUUUCCCGGAACUUACGAAACUGUUGAAAUGUUUGCUACAAAUCCUGGUACAUGGCUGUUCCAUUGUCACGUGGGUGAGCAUACACGUGACGGCAUGGUUGGCACAUACACUAUUUUGUAACUCUUAUAUUUACACUAUUUGAGUUUUCAAAUAAGUUAUUAAGUUGUUAAGUAGUUGUUAUUUAUAACUUGUAAUAUCAUACAAUGUAUGAAAUGUUAUUUUUUAAUAAACGAAUGUUGCGAGUUUGAA